AUCGGAAGCUGUCAUCUUUAACUUAACGCUGGUCAACAACAGCUGCUUUGCAAGAAACCCGACUGAAGUAGUUGGCGAUGUGACGUGCACGUCAACCUACCUGUAUGAGGUUUGGAAAGUUGUGUGUGUGCGGUGCUACUCGUCCAUGGUGUAGCUCUAAGUGUGGUGCCAUCUCUGAAUAGGAGCACCAUGGCAAUGUGGAUCCAGGCCCAGCAGCUGCAGGGUGAGGCCUUGCACCAGAUGCAGGCGCUGUAUGGCCAGCACUUCCCAAUCGAGGUGCGACACUACCUGGCCCAGUGGAUUGAAUGCCAGCUCUGGGAUUCGGUGGAGUUGGACAACCAAGCAGAGGAAGCCAAAGCUAAGCGUCUGCUGGACAGCCUGGUGGCGGAGCUGCAGAAGAAAGCCCAGCUACAGGGAGGGGAGGACGGCUUUCUGCUGAAGAUCAAGCUGGGCCACUACGCCAACCAGCUCAAGAGCACUUAUGACCGCUGUCCUUUGGAGCUGGUGCGCUGCAUUAAACACAUCCUGCACUCGGAGCAGAGGCUGGUUCAAGAAGCUACAAAUGCCAGCACGGGUAGUGGGGUGCAGGCCAUGGACAGCCUGUCACAGCGACACCAGCAGAUCAACCAGGCCUUUGAGGAGCUCCGUCUCUCCACACAGGAGACUGAGAAUGAACUGAGAAAGCUGCAGCAUAGCCAGGAGUACUUCAUCAUCCAGUACCAGGAGAACCUGCGCAUCCAGGCCCAGUUGAGCAGCCUGUCUUCACUGCCUCCAGCUGAGCGCACCCAGCGGGAGACCACCCUACAAACCAAGAGGACCACUGUAGAGGCCUGGCUCACCAGAGAGGCCAGCACACUCCAGAAAUACAGGCUUGACCUGUCAGAGCAACACCAGAAGACCCUGGCCCUGCUAAGGAAGCAGCAGACUCUGAUCCUGGACGAGGAACUCAUCCAAUGGAAGAGAAGACAGCAGCUGGCUGGCAAUGGGGGUCCUCAUGAGGGGGUGCUGGAUGUCCUCCAGUCUUGGUGUGAGAAGCUGGCUGACCUGAUCUGGCAGAACCGGCAGCAGAUCCGACGCUGUGAACAUCUGACCCAGCAGCUUCCUCUGCCGGGUCCAAUGGAAGAGCUGCUGAGCAAACUCAACGCUGAAAUCACUGAUAUCAUCUCGGCCUUAGUUACCAGUACCUUCAUAAUUGAAAAGCAGCCGCCCCAGGUGUUAAAGACCCAGACCAAGUUUGCAGCCACAGUGCGCCUUCUGGUGGGCGGGAAGCUCAACGUCCACAUGAAUCCUCCUCAGGUCAAGGCUGUCAUUGUAAGCGAACAGCAGGCCAAAGCUCUGCUGAAGAAUAAGAGCACACACAGUGAAAGCAGUGGAGAAAUCCUGAACAACAACUGUGUAAUGGAGUAUCACCAGGCCACUGGCACCCUCAGUGCACAUUUCAGAAACAUGUCCCUGAAGCGGAUCAAGCGGUCGGACCGUCGAGGUGCAGAGUCAGUGACGGAGGAAAAGUUCACAGUUCUGUUUGAAUCACAGUUCAGCGUUGGGGGCAACGAGCUGGUCUUCCACGUCAAAACCUUAUCACUGCCUGUGGUAGUGAUCGUCCACGGCAGUCAGGAUAACAACGCCACAGCAACUGUCCUGUGGGACAACGCCUUUGCUGAGCCGGGCAGGGUGCCGUUCAUCGUGCCAGACAAGGUGCAGUGGCCCCAGCUGUGUGAGGCCCUGGAUAUGAAGUACAAAGCAGAGAUGCACAGCGGACGCGGCCUCUCAGAGGAUAACAUGGUCUUCCUGGCACAGAAAGCUUUCACAAGCAGCAGCAACAACCUUGAGGACUUUUGCAACAUGACUAUAUCCUGGGCCCAGUUCAAUCGGGAGAGCUUACCGGGACGCAACUUUACCUUCUGGCAGUGGUUUGAUGGAGUCGUAGAGCUCAUGAAGAAACAUCUCAAGCCUCACUGGAAUGAUGGGGCCAUCCUGGGCUUUGUAAACAAGCAGCAGGCACAGGACAUGCUGCUGUCCAAGCCCAACGGCACCUUCCUGCUGCGAUUCAGCGACUCUGAGAUUGGAGGCAUCACCAUCGCCUGGGUGGCUGAGAACCCCAACAAAGCAGGUGAGAGGCUGGUCUGGAAUCUGUUGCCUUAUACAACCAAGGACUUCUCCAUUCGUUCCCUGGCUGACCGCAUCAGUGACUUGAACCAUCUUCUGUUUCUCUACCCUGACCGGCCCAAAGGCGAGGUCUUCGCCAAGUACUACACCCCUCCACUCUCAAAAGCAGUGGAUGGAUAUGUCAAACCACAGAUCAAACAAGUUGUGCCAGAAUUCACCACCCCGAACCCUGAACCCAGUGGAGGAACUCCAACGUUCAUGGACCAAACAGCUUCUCCGUCUGUGAGCCACCCCAACAACUUUGGCGUCUUCCCUUCUAUGAGUGACACCAUGUUGGAUGCAGAUGGAGACUUCGACCUGGAGGACACGAUGGACGUGGCCCGCCACGUGGAGGAGUUGCUCCGCAGGCCUAUGGUCAACCAGUGGAGCAGUCCGCCGUCGUGAACCUGAAACCUGAACCUACUGCACACCUUCAGGUCUUCUCCACCUUAUUUAACAGAAACACCCACAACUGCAACCAAGGCAAAACAUCUCCUGUGUUAAUCAGUCACUCUCAGAUCCACAUUACAAUUCAGUUUUUUUAGCCGUCUACUUGCCUCUGUCAAUGUUGCCGACAUUUGACAGAGGCAGGUUGUCUCUCAGGGUUAACGUGUUUAGUUGGUUUGGAUCAAUGGGUUUUAGACAAAAAGACAUAGUCAGUUUGCAGGUAAGCUUUGCAAUAUAUAUAUAUAUAUAUAUGCCUAAAGAGCUUCUAGCUGCCAAUUGGAAACUUUUGCAUUUAUAAAAACAAAAACAGAAACAGUAGACUUGGUUAUCUUAAAAAUGAUUUUAACAAGGGUGAGUUUAUUACUUUUCAAGUUGUUGUAAGAGAAUUUUUUUUUUUAAUGUUACAUAGUCUGGUUUAUGUACUGAAAAUGGAAUUUUAAGUCUGCCAUUAAUAUUGUUGCGUUUGUUGUGGUGCUUUUUGUAUAAUAUUUUAUAUAACCGCCAAUAUAAUUGUUCUACCCUGAUUUAAAGCAAAAUGUUUAAAUCGCCAUAGAUGCCAUAUUUGUUCUCAUAAAAUCGAUAACUGCUUACUGAUUUUAA